AUGAUAUUUGAUAGUCUUGAUAGUAUGUUUACAACUUAUCAAGAAUACGCCCGACUCAAAGGCUUUAGCAUUGCAAAAAGAGCAGCUCACAAGGUUAGUGGAGAAGAUAAGUAUGUAGUGAUUAUUUGUGAUUGGGGUAGAAAACGACGGUUUGAAAUUUCUUCAAAGAGAAUAGAUUGCUCGGCUAGAAUUAAUGCAAUCAAGCAAGUAAAUGGGUGUUGGGUGGUUUCAAAAAUAUACAUAAACCACAAUCAUGAUCUUAAUCCUGAAAUGCCAAUUUUAAUGCCAAGACAUAGGUCUUUGUCAGUGAACAUGAAGAGACAAUUAGAAGCUAACGACAUUGUCGGUCUAAGGCCAUGCAAGAAUAUCAAGGUAUUUGAAGUUCAAGCUGGCGGACUUGAGAAUUUAGGAUGUCUUCCUAAAGAUUGUAGAAAUUUUAUCGAGAAGAGAAGAAGGUUGAGACUUGGUGAUGGAGAUGCUGAGGUUAUUCACAAGCUCUUUAUAACAAUGCAAUUGAGGGACAGAAACUUCUUUCAUUUAAUGGAUGUUGAUGAUGAAGGCAGGCUAUGCAAUGUGUUGUGGAUUCAUCCACCAAGCAAAGCUGCAUAUGAAGAAUUUCAUGAUGUUAUAAGCUUCGACACAACUUACCUGGUGAAUAAAUAUAAGAUGCCUUUUGUCACCUUUGUCGACAUCAAUCAUCAUGGUUAA